UAUAAAGCCAUUCUCCAAAUUAUUAACAGGCCGUGCAAUGGAACUCUCAAUAAUUCCGGCCGUGGUUACGGUCCUCUUUUUUCUUGUAACUCUCUUCUUUUUCUCCACCGCAAGAAAUCGGAGGAACUCCAGCUACGGCGGCAAUGGCCAAGGCUCACUUCCGCCGGGUCCUCCGGGACUCCCAUUGGUGGGAAACAUAUUCCAACUCGGCUUCAAUCCUCACCGUUCACUUGCUGUCUUUUCGAAAACAUAUGGACCUAUAAUGAGUUUAAAGCUUGGAAGGUCAACCGCAGUGGUUAUAUCUUCACCAGAAGCAGCUAAAGAGGCACUUAAAACACACGACCAUGUCAUGUCUGCUCGAACCUUUAACGACCCGAUCCGAGCCUUUGACCAUCAUAAACAUUCCGUUGUUUGGAUUCCUGCAUCGGCUCGUUGGAGGUUUCUGAAGAAGAUAAUAGUGCAAAAUUUAUUAUCACCGCAAAACCUAGACGGUAUUCAAUCUAUAAGGAUAAGAAAGGUGGAGGAACUUCUGAGCUUAGUAAACACAUUUUGCGAGAGAGGAGAGGCUAUAGACAUGGCUCGUGCUUCCUUCAUCACAUCUUUCAAUAUAAUCUCAAAUGCUCUAUUUUCCGUUGAUUUGGCCACGUAUAACUCUAACUCGUCGUCUUUCGAGUUCCACGAAACGGUGGUUCACCUUAUGGAGAUCUGUGGGAAACCCAACGCAGGAGACUUUUUCCGGUUUCUGAGGUUUCUUGAUUUACAAGGAAGUCGAAAAGAGUCAACGCUCUGCAUAGAGAAGCUAUUUAGGGUUUUCCAAGAAUUCAUUGAUGAUCGUGUGGCCAAAAGAUUGUCUCAGACAGGGGCGUCGAGUAACGAUAUGUUAGAUGCCCUUCUCGAUAUUAAACAGCAAAACCAAGAAGAGAUCACCAUUAAUGAUAUGAAGCACUUGUUUCUCGAUUUGUUUGUUGCUGGCACGGAUACAAACUCUAGUACAAUGGAGUGGGCAAUGACGGAGCUACUCCGUAACCCGGAGAAGAUGGUCAGAGCUCAGUGUGAGAUACGGCAAGUGAUAGGUGAAAACGGUGUCGUUCAAGAAUCUGAUAUUUCUAAGCUGUCUUACUUGCUAGCAAUUGUGAAAGAGACUCUUCGAUUGCAUCCUCCAGCUCCUUUGAUCCCACGAAAAUCUGAAUCUGAUGUCCAAAUCUUUGGUUUCUUCGUUCCAAAGAACUCUCAGGUUCUCGUGAACGUUUGGGCAAUGGGACGAGACUCGAACGUGUGGGAGAAUCCAAUGAAGUUCGAGCCAGAGAGGUUCUUGUUGCGUGAAAUCGAUGUAAGAGGCAAAGACUUCGAGCUGUUACCGUUUGGAUCAGGAAGAAGGAUGUGUCCGGGAAUCUCAAUGUCAUUGAAGACAACGCCUAUGGUGCUUGCCUCUCUUCUCUACUCCUUUGACUGGAAACUUCAAGACGGCAUCGUCCCUGGAAACAUGGACAUGAGUGAGGUCUUUGGUCUUACUUUACAUAAAGCCAAACCUCUCUGCAUUGUACCCAUAAAGAAACCUACAUCAUCGUCUUAAUAUUUUUCAUGUUAUUAUUUUCUUUAUAAUGAGACUUCUUUUUCACUUAUAGUUGCUUGAAAACCUGUGUAAGUGCUUGUGCUACAUGCAUAAAUCCUCUUCUUAGCAUUUCUAUAACUGUAACUCAAACAUACACAAUAUAAACAAACAGAGAAAUAUUGGAGAAAAAUCGCAAGAGAUUGAAUGAAUGUCGUAUGAACAACAUGCUUCGAACAAAACAAUGUUGAGUAUAAUUUCAUCAUCCUCUAAGGAUUUGUAAAUCUUGUUCGUAGGAGGGUCAUCGCCGCCUCUUGCGUUAUUAGAUAUAAGAGAGUCAAUUACCACGACAAAAUGGGGAGCUAAAUCUUCACUGAAUAAUCAAUUUAUCAGUUGUUGAUUAUGCAGAUUCUGUGCAGUUUUUGUCUUUUGUUUUUCGGGAUUGUGAUAUUUUGCUUCUUCAAUUCUCUUCGUCUUAGGUUUUCUCAUCAUCUCCCAUAUUUUAAUCCACAUAGACAAUACAUAUGCAUACACUCUCAAGGCCAAAUUUGUUGUCAUAUCUCAAGCAUAACUGAUGGAUCAUGAUCACUCGAAGUAAUGCUAUAUAAAAAUGUUUCUGAAUUAUCCAGUUCGUAAAUACAUUAUUCUAAAGUGUAUUAUGUUCAUGACUUCUUAAGACUAUAUUCAACACUCAAUCCACUAAAAAUUAAAUUCCGUAGAAAUAUGUUAUAAUAUUCAUCUUUUUUUUUGGAUCAAAUUAUAAUAUUCAUCUUAACUAUGUUUCCUUUGACAAAAAAACUAUAUUUCUUGGCUUUUUGAAAAUUUUAAGAGUAGUAUAUUUAGAUAUCAAUGUAAUAGUCAAAGAAAAAAAAUCAUGCCACAGUAAUAGUUUUACUGUUCCAUUAUAACUUCACAAACGAUGUAAGUUGUAACUAAUGAUUUAACUUUUACUAUAGGGGAAAUCAUCUCAAGCACUCCCUGUUCAUGUUUGUAAGAUUUUCUUAAUCAUGAGGUGGUUAGGGCUUGAAGAACCCAGAUUUCCAAGCUUAUAUUGGGCCUAUGUAAUAUAAAGCCCAUAUAUUACUAUAAAGCCCACAAUGUAUAUAAAGAAACACAUUUACUUAACAUGAUUGCAUUUUCAGCGAAACAAAUACUUGAUUGAAAAUUUGUAAAUUUAAUGUUUAAUUGACUUUUAUGUGUGCUAAAUCCUGAAUCGGACACAACCUCUCUCUCUCUCUCUCUCUCUCUCUCUCUCUCUCUCUCUCUCCUUUCUUUCUCUCUCUCUCCCGCGCGCCCAAGUCGCCUCCCUUCUCCGAUCGUCUCCCCCUCUCUCUUUACUUCCAUCGUCUGCUUAACCAUUCGCAUUCUUCGCUUCUACAGUUUGAGGAUUAGAGUACCCCGUCCAGAUUCGCUGGACUUCAUCUCAGUCGCUUCCGAUUCGCUAAUCUGAACAUUUCCUCCGCUCUCGAUCCGU